GGCGCGGCGCGUUUGUGGAGCUUCUUGUGUGCACAACGUCAGUACACUCUGUAUUGAAUUGAAUUUGUUACGGAAUCAGGUCAAGUUUUUUAAUCAAGUUUCACACAAUCUAUUAGAAAUCGGCAAGUACAGGUGCAGAAAAGAAGUGCCUGAAUUUGCGAUUUAAUAAAGAAAGUGCCCUUACUUUUUUAAAUCAGAAUAUCGAAUUCAUACAGUAUAUGUAUUACACUACUUGGCAUUUCAUCAGAACUUCUUAUUCCUGUUUUGUAUGCAACGCUUCAGCCCAGACUGCAUUCUACAUGCUCACACUCGCUUCACAUAAUAUCACAACCUCAAGAUAAUCACCAAUCACAUCCUCACCUGACCGACUUUACUGGGACGCGGGCCAGGUUCAACCUUUUCUUCUUUUUCUACUAAUACUUUCCUUCUCAACCGUCAUCACUCAAAAUGGGUCAACCCGCUUAUGCCGGUGUGGCAGUCGGUUUGAUCUUCCUUGCAAUCGUUGGUGCAUUAGUAGGUUAUAAAGUAUACAAAAAAGUACAUUGGAGACGAUAUCGUAAACGUCAAGAAGCAGAAGCUGCAAAAGCUGAACUAGAAAAUGGCUUAACCGCAGAUGCUGGCGGUCCACCGAUUCAUUUCCCUAUGCGAUCCACUUCACCGGGACCUUCAAUGGUAGGAUCACUGUAUGGAGAUAUUUACCCAACAGAUUCAAUGCGUGGAAGUAUGAGUAAAGCCAGCUUUUACAGUAAUCCAACACCUUAUCAAGGAUCAAGUGCAAGUGAAUAUGGCCGUCCCCGUCGUGCAAGCUCACAGGCUCUCUUCCCUUCGAUCGGAGGUAUUGGUGAAGAAGGUUCAGCAGAUCCAUCUGUGCCAGGCUCACCGACAGACUUCGGGCCUGCAUCACCCGCAGAUACAUACGAUGGCCCUAGACAUGGAAGAGCAUUAUCCUCUGCAUCAUCUACAAUGACCCUCAAGAGGUCAUACGCUGGCAGCUCAUACCGCGGCAUGUCAGGCAGUCAUUCACCCGUUCCUUUCGGUAACAAGCGCAGCCAUUCACCUGGACCGCUCAAUGUCAGACGUGAUUCCUACUUACCACAUUUGCCCGAAAAUCGCAAUCAAGUCCAAAUCGUUCCACCACAACCGCUUGGAUUCAGCUUUGGUAUGGCACAGGCUCUUGAUCAACGUACUUUGGCAUUCUCAAAAGGAAGUGGAAUUGGUGACUUUGAUGAAGAAUUCUCGCGCGGAUUAUUGUGGGCAGCUCAAAAUGGCAGAGAACCGGAAAAUGAAGCGGAAGCCGAAGCGAUCAAAGCAGCAGCGCAAGCACACAUUGCCCGUGGUGGAAGUAUUGAUGAUCAAGCACGUUUACGUUAUUUAGCCGAAGGACCUUCUUCUAGAUCAUUCAAUCCGACAAUGAGAGGAGCGAUUCAUAAUCAUUUGUACGACAGUCAACCGGGUUCAAGCGGUGCCCGUACUCCUGACGGACCGUCUCGUCCAAGAUCUCCUGCUCAGGCAAAUUGGGACGGCACAGGGUCUAGUUCAGAUAUCGGCCCAAGCGUUUCCCAAAGAGGAGCCGCUCUUCCUUCCCAUCCGCUUGAGAAUGUGAACCAGGCGCCGUACAACGGACGCGGUGGAUCGAUGGGUUUGGGUAGUGAACAAAGUCCACUCGGAUUGAUGAAGCUACAACUUGACUCAAACAACGAUAAUGCUGAAGAUGCGGAUAUUUCAUUGAACACCGUCACAGGAUCAUCCCCAAUUCUCAAAGCAUUCCAAAACCCAAGCAGCCAUGUCAGCCAUGCAACUCGGGCAACCAACCCUGCCGAAGCAGAACCUAGAUCCUUCCACACACCCAACGAUAGCAUGAACAGUACCCAUGCUGGCAUCUUUACACCUGGAUUAUCCAACUCUGAUAGCAGAAGUCUAACGUCUAGCCGUACUGGGCCACCUUCACUCUCACAUCAUCCCCAACACAGUCUCACCAUGACUGACGGCCGCCAAUCUUCGUCUGCAGAUCAUUAUCGCUCAAACAGCGGAGCACCUCGCUUACAGGAUAUCAGUAUCGAACACGAGUCUGUACCAGAACAAGACCUGUCGACCAGCCCUAAAAAAGAAAAGAGACGUCUUAGCAAAAGCUGGUUAGGACCUUGGGGUCGUCCUGAAAACACAACAUCUGCAGCAUAAAAGUGCGAUUCGUUUUGGAAUUGCAUUAUCAUGGACUUUUUUAUUUUUUCGGUUUCUUACAUUUGUACACAUGUGCAUACUUAUGUCACGUCGCUUUUCGUGGAGUUUCAACAAUUGCUUUUAUUCUCUUCACUUUCUGCUCGACAGACUGCUUUGCUUCCCCAUCUUUCAUCCUC